AUGGAGGAGAAAUCGAAGCGCGUAGAGCUCGGUUUCGCCGAAAAAACCGAAUCUUGGCGACUUCGAUCAAAGUUCUUCCCUUCAAAGUUAGGCGGCAAGCCAGCAUGGUUGGCCUUGAAGUCCUUGCCGAGCCUCAAAUGCUCGUGCGGCGACACUAUGAGCUUCAUCAUGCAGGUUUAUGCGCCUGUGGAUAACCACCCCACGUGCUUUCACCGCACGCUGUUCGCUUUCGGCUGCCCGCCCUGCGUAGACAAAAAGAAAGCGGAUUCGAUUGUGGUAUUCCGGUCUCAGCUAGGCUUGAAGAACGAGUUCUAUCCCGACACUCCAGCAUCGGAAGUGGAGAAAGGUUCCGAAACCCCGUCAGCCGAAGACUUCAAUCAGCUGUGCUGUGUUUGUGCGUGUCCAGCGUCUUCGAAAUGCUCGCUGUGCAAAAAUCGCAGCUAUUGCUCGAAGCAGCAUCAAGUCAUCGAUUGGAAGAAAGCUCAUAGGUCUGUGUGCGCAGGAAAAAAAGAUCGAAAUCUUACCGGUGAGAACGGUAGCGGUGACGGUUCACUUGAGUCCGAGCUUGGAACGUCGGCGGGUGGAGAAGCAGCUCGAGAAAUUUCGACGGCGCAGCCCGGAGUGACGAGUGACGCCGCCUUCGCUUCCGGAGACUUGUCAAAGUUGAGCCUCGAUUGGGGGACAACCAGGCCGCGGAUCCAAAAAGAAGGAGUCGAAGUUCUUCAGCAGAAAUCGAAGGGCGCCAUCGAUCACGAGAAGAAUGGCAAAAAGAAAGAGAAGCCAUCGAAGGACUUCGUUCACAACGGUGUUUUCCCCGAGUACGAAAUCGAGACCGAAACCGAGGAGUCGGACGAAAGAAGCGAGACCAAAGAGGACACUCAGCAAGAUCUGGUCAAUUAUCUGAAAGGGAUGGACAAAGAAAGCAUCGCCACGAUGAGGGAAAUGGCCUCAUGCAGCGAUAAAGAUCUCAAGGAAAUCGAAGACAUGUCAAGGAGCCUUGAUGACAAAGCCUUCAAACGCUUCAAGAAAAUCAUCAGCCCCUAUCCAGAGCAAAUACUGCGGUACUGCAAAGGCGGAGAACCCCUGUGGGUGUCGGCUGAGGCCGUGCCAGAGAGUAUUCCCGCCUGCGGGAAGUGCGGAAGUCCUCGAGAGUAUGAGUUUCAGAUCAUGCCUCAAGUUCUGAACCUGCUGAAGAGCGAUCUCCUUGACUGGGGAACUGUGGCCGUUUACACGUGCUCGAAAAACUGUGAUACUGAUGGUUAUGUCAAGGAAUUCCUUCACCGGCAAGAUUUUGUGUGAAUAAUAAAUAAAAAAAGGUUUCA